UUUGCAUAUGAUUUGCAUGUGGCGCGGCGGCCCGGAGCCAUGUCGGCGGAGCCCCGGCACGGCGGCCCCCCGCGGGGUAGGGCCGGGGCGCUGCGCGGCGGCGAGAAGCAGUGCUCAUGGGCCUCCUACAUGACCAACUCCCCGACUAUGAUUGUCAUGAUCGGCCUCCCUGCCCGGGGCAAGACCUACGUGUCCAAGAAGCUCACCCGCUACCUCAACUGGAUUGGGGUGCCCACCAAAGUGUUUAAUUUAGGAGUGUAUCGCCGGGAAGCCGUCAAGUCUUACAAGUCCUACGAGUUCUUCAGGCACGACAACAAAGAGGCCAUGGAAAUCCGCAAGCAGUGUGCCUUGGUGGCUCUACAAGAUGUGAAGGCUUACCUCCUGGAGGAGUGUGGGCAAAUAGCUGUGUUUGAUGCGACCAACACGACUCGGGAGAGGAGGGACCUGAUCUUGAGCUUUGCUAAAGAAAAUGCUUUCAAGGUGUUCUUCGUGGAGUCCGUCUGCGACGAUCCAGAAGUCAUCGCUGCCAACAUCCUGGAGGUGAAGGUUUCCAGCCCUGACUACCCAGAGAGAAACAGGGAGAAUGUGAUGGAUGAUUUCCUGAAGAGGAUAGAGUGCUACAAGGUCACUUACCAGCCUCUUGAUCCUGAUGUUUAUGACAAAGAUCUUUCCUUCAUCAAAGUGAUCAACGUGGGACAGAGGUUCCUGGUGAACAGAGUCCAGGAUUACAUCCAGAGUAAAAUUGUCUAUUACCUGAUGAACAUCCACGUCCAGCCACGAACCAUCUACCUCUGCCGGCACGGCGAGAGCGACUACAACCUCCUUGGCAAGAUUGGGGGAGACUCUGGCCUGUCCCCACGUGGGAAGCAGUUUGCUCAGGCACUGAAGAAGUUCAUUGAGGAGCAGGAAAUUGUUGAUCUGAAGGUGUGGACCAGCCAGCUGAAGAGGACAAUCCAGACAGCUGAGUCCCUGGGGGUGACAUAUGAGCAGUGGAAGAUUCUCAAUGAGAUUGAUGCUGGGGUCUGUGAAGAAAUGACCUAUGCAGAGAUUGAAGCCAAGUACCCAGAGGAGUUUGCCUUGAGGGAUCAGGAGAAAUAUCUUUAUCGCUAUCCUGGAGGUGAGUCCUACCAGGACUUGGUCCAACGUUUGGAGCCGGUAAUUAUGGAGCUGGAAAGGCAAGGCAACGUCCUGGUGAUCUCCCACCAGGCAGUUAUGAGGUGCCUCUUGGCUUAUUUUCUUGACAAGAAUGCAGAUGAGCUGCCCUACCUGCGCUGUCCCCUCCACACCAUCCUCAAGCUCACUCCUGUUGCAUAUGGUUGUAAAGUGGAGACCAUCACCCUGAAUGUGGAAGCAGUGAACACCCACAGGGACAAACCCUCUCUCAACUCACUCAACCUUCCCAUCAGCCCAAGCCCCGUAAGGAUGAGAAGAAACAGCUUCACGCCGCGGGCCAGCGUGGACGUGGUCAAGCGCCCGCGGCAUUACAGCCUGGGGAGCAAACCUCUUGACCUGCUGGCAUCUUUCCCAUCCCUGGAAGCUCAAGAUGGAGCUGGCCAACCACAGCUGCAAGUUGGUGUCCAGCCUCAUGGGGGAAAUGUUUGCCUGUGAGUGUGGCUGAGAGCAGCUUGUGUGAGCUCCCCUGGGCUCUUUAAGGAUGGCUGACUUAAUGGUGUAGGAUUUGGCUUCCCCUUGGGUUGGACUGGCACUGCCAUGGCUGGGAAGAGCCCUGCAGGUGGAACUGGAGCAUCCUUGGAGCACCACGAGCCUCGCGCUGCUUUGGGCCAGUUCUCCUCUCCCCUCUGCUUCUCAGUCUUGUCUGUGUCUUCUCUUUCUGAGUGCUGAGUUGGCUGUCAGGGAGAUCAGAGAACACUUCUGAGGGAGAUUUU